AUGGCGCCCUUUGUUUCGGGUCAUGGCCCUGCGGCCCUCCAGCAGCAGCAGCAGCAGCAGCAGGAGGAGGAGGAGGAGGAGGAGGAGGAGCAGCAGCAGCAGUCCAUCCUCUUUGCCGAUGCCGCAUCGGCUCCGUCUGAUACUCCCAGGCACAACAAGGCUCCAUCUACAUGCCACCAGCUCCGUCACUCCCAGGAAAGCAAACUGAAACAACAGGAACAGCAGCAGGAGGAAUCUGACUCGUUCGAAAAGACUUACAAUCAAACCGCAUCUGACACUGAUACGACUCACCACACCCACCAUACCUUACCUACUGGACAGAGCGUGACGAACAGUCUUGGCUCUUUCACGUCACCGCCUACUCCUGUCACGACUUCACCUCCCCUUGCGUCUGGUACCACCCGUGGCUCAACUUACUAUCCUCCUUCUCUUACCUCGAGAACCCCGAUCAAGCGAAAGCCGGUGUCCUCACCCGCCCCAUCCGCCUUAUCCUUGACCGCUUCUCUAAACUUGCGCGAUUCGACUGGCACUGCACCUCAUUUGAACACUGAGCUCUUUCCCAGGCCAGAUCAGAGGUUUGCCAGGCCAUCAUCUGUCGACAGUCCGACCAUUUACGACUAUCCACGUCCGCUUCGGACAUCAGUGCCUUAUUGCAAAACCCCAAUCGCUCCCUUCGCAUCUCCACACAAGAGAACAUCGGCGGUUGGCAACAUUCAAGCCGUCGAGCCUCAACAUAGAAAUUCCGCGGAGCUAUCCGAAGUGCUUUCUGUAUACGAGGACUUUAUUUUUCGAGAAAUCGAUUCGUCGAUGCCGGAUAAAGGUGCUGCUCGGAACUCGAGUUCUGAUGAAGCGCCCGAGGACAGCAACUCCGAGGGGGUAGAAUCAUUAUGCGGAGAUCAUCUUGGCCCUUUCCCAUUACCUCCCAUGCAUGCUCCAAAACCGGCACCUCCCCAUCUACAACUCAACACUGUCGAAACGCCACCUUCUGAUAGCGAGCUGGAACCGAAUGGGGAGCCUGGCAGUCCUGAUUCGGCUAAACUAGUGGCAUCUCCACAACUGAACAAACCGUUGCCCAGAUCUCCAAGCCAGACUUCGCCAUUCGCAACCUUGUUUGGCUGGCCCAACAUCUCGCCUUCUGUCACGGAAUUCUCAUCCAUCCCGUCUCCUCUAUCGCCUAGCAAACCCGUCAACGAAGUCCUCGCAUCUUCAAGAAACAGCAUAUCGAAUUUAUCAUCGAGCAACUCCAAUGCUGCCGCAUCGAACCCGAUCGGAUACUGCGAAUCAUUCCUAUCGACCCCACCACCUGGUACGGCGGAAUCAUCUCUGUUACUCGACGAGAUGGAAGACGAACUCAAGGCCAUCAGCUCCGAGCUGGCUGCUUCCAUUCGUCGUGAAAUGGAUCUCGAAGACCUCGUAGAUAGGCUUCAAGAGCAAGUCAACAACCCCCAAGCGCCUAGCAAGCGUUCAAGCGACUAUUUCUCAGACUCGGGCUACAGCUCCACCAAAGUCAGCGACUACGAUCAAAGUAGAGAUGAAAUCGAAAAGAUACAGAGGCGAUCGGAGCAAGAAAAGGCAUCUAUCCGAUUGGAGUUGAGUAACAAGCUGCAGGAUGAAAGGUCUCGAAGGAAGAUUCUUGACCAACAAAUCAAGGACUUGGCUGAAAAGGCUUCCCAAAUGGACCUCGCACACAUGAACAGCCUGGAUGCCAAUGAUCGUGUGAGAGACUUGGAGAAAUCGUGCGAGGACCUCAGACGCCGCCUCUCGGAGGAACGCGAAUCCACGGCAAAUUUCGAGGAUCUACUCUCCGGGCUGAAGAGUGAACUCCAAGAAGCUUGUAACGAGCGCGACAACCUUCGAGACGAGGUUGUCCCUCAGUUGCGAGCCAGGGUGGAAGGCCUUGAGGCUCAGGCAGCCUCGUACGCCACCUUGACGUAUGAAUCAACCAAGAUGCAGCAGCAGCUUCAGUCCCUGAAACAGGAAAACUCCUCGCUCCGCAACUCGAUGGGCCCGGAAGACGUUGCCUUGACGAGGUCCAACUCUGUGACUACCAGAUCGUUCAAGGCCAGAGGCCCACCGCCCACGUUUGGGGGCUUGUCCCGGUCUGCAAGCGUCAAGAACGCCCAGUCCGAGUCAAGGGAAGCUCUCGCUGAGCGACUGAAGGAUGUCGAGGCUCAACGGGAUGCCCUACACGGUGCGCUGAAAAACCUCCUCGAAAGACAGGAGUUCCAGAACCGCGAGAACAACAAGAAGAUCAGAAUCCUCGAAGCAGAACGCCAACGUCUUAUACUGGAACCACGCAAAGCGGGAUUCGACAGAGAGAUUUCCAGCCUGCGCACCGAGAUCAACGUGCUGCGACGUCGGGCAGAGGAUGCAUUGGAACAAAAGUGGCAAGUGGAGAAGGGUCUGGGCGGCCUCAAGAUGGACCUCGAUAGAGCCGAGGAGGAAAUCGCCUCCCUUCGAUCGCUUCUGCAGGAGAAGGACAUUCUCAUCCCCCCAUGUCUGGCCCGGUCGAGUAUGGCGUUUGAUGGUGCGGCGAGCCCCCCACCGGUCACAUCGGAAUCCCUUCAGAAAGCCUAUCAGGAAUUGCAAAGCGCAUACACCGAGUCAUUGGAGCGCAUUAAGAGAUUGGAACUUAACACGGGUGACGCUGCGUCGGACGCGAAGACCAGGCUUGCCGUCGAGCGCCUCGAACAAUCUCUCGCAUCUGCAGUCUCGGAACGAGAGGCUGCCUGGCGGCAUCUAGACAGCCUUCAGACUCGGGUGGAUGAGCUGUCAGCCGGAGAGUCGCGGAACGUGGAACGAGAAACGGCCUUGGCGGAUCAACUGAGCGAAUCUGCGCAGCGUGUGGAGCAGCUUGCCGCCCAAGUGCAACAGCAGUUGACGACCAACGCUGAGCUGCGUAAGCGCCUCGCCGACACUGUGGCAAGGGGCGAUACGGACCGUAAGAUGAACUCGGAACGCAUCACUGAGCUUCAAGCACGGCUGCACGAGCUUGAGGAGCAGCUCGUGGUGGCUCAAACUGCUUCCGAGGAUCGCGUCGGCCGACAUGAAGAGGAGAUUUUCCAACUCCGGGAGGCCCAUAAUGAGCAGCUUCGCCGCAUCAACAGCGGCGGCGGCGUUGGUGUUGGCGCCCGCAAUGGCUCGCUCUUGAAAGCCGGAGUCGCUGCGACGACGAUGUUAGGCCGCUCAUCGCAGACCAUUAAAGCGAAGAGCUUUGAGGAUGAGGUUGAAAUUAAGACUCUCCGUGCCCGUGUCGUGGAGCUCGAGAAGGCUCUCGCGGACGCCGAAAGCGAGAUUCAGCAAGUCGUUGCUAAGAUGAACGAGGCGCAGAUUGAGGUUUUGAGCCUCCAGGAAGAACGCGAAACGGCUGCUCGAGAGACUCGGCGACUACAGAAGAUGCUUGAAGAGGCCAAGCUCACACCGCCUGGAAGACUUGACGAAGUCGAUGAGUUGGCGAGAACGGAAUAA